UUAUCAAGUGGAAACAAGAUACUUGACACGUAUAAAUGAUUAUAAUUCGUUAUACGAGCAUUUUGGGCGUUACAAAACACUAUUUUAUUGAGCAAUAUAUGAAGUAUUGAUAUCUUAAACUAUGAUUAUGUUAUUGUGUUAUUUUUUGAACUCAUUGAUGUCUAACUGUCAACUGUCAAUUCUAAAAAGCUGAGAUGUUUUCUUUUCUUAUUUGGUUUUAAUAUCACAAUUAGAAAAAUGCUAUGGCGUCCUCAGGAUCACAUAAUGGGGAUGCAGAAACUGAAAGUGAUAAGUUUGAAGGAUCUAAAAUUGAUCGACAUGGUUUUCUUCAAGAUUCCAAUUGUAGCUCUGAUAGUCUCAAUAAACAAGGUUUACCACCAGAGGUAAUGCUAAGAAGGGAACGAAAAUGGAUUCAAAUGUUAAAUAAUUGGAGUUAUUUUAUGAAUACAAAUUAUCGUAAAGUCAGAGAAAGAUGCAGAAAGGGUAUUCCACCUUCAGUAAGGCUUCGUGCAUGGCUAAAUCUUUGUGGAGGUCAAUUGUUAAUGGAUACGAAUCCAAAUUUAUUUGAAGAAUUGGUGGAACGAUCUGGUGAUCCAAAAUAUAUUGAUGAUAUUAAAAAAGAUCUUCAUCGCCAAUUUCCACAUCAUAUAAUGUUUAUUGGAGAAGCUCCUGGGCAAGAAGAAUUGUUUAAAGUAUUGAAAGCUUAUUCUAUUUUAAAUAGUAAAGUUGGUUAUUGUCAAGCCCAAGCACCUAUUGCAGCAUUUUUAUUAAUGCAUAUGCCAGCAGUACAAGCAUUUUGGUGUCUUGUUGCAAUAUGUGAUAAGUAUUUGAUUGGGUAUUAUAGUCAAGGAAUGGAAACAUUGUUACGAGAUGGAGAUAUUUUAUUUGCUCUUUUAAAAAGAGUAUCUCCUAUUGCUUACAAACAUCUGAAGAAACAAAAGAUGGAACCAAUUUUAUAUAUGACUGAAUGGUUCUUAUGUGUUUAUACACGAACACUGCCUUGGGAAAGUAUUUUACGAAUAUGGGAUAUGUUUCUUUGUGAAGGUGUCAAAAUUAUCUUUAAAGUUGGACUAGUUUUAUUAAAAGGCAGCUUAGGUCGUACAUCUCUUACUAAACAUUGUCCAACAGUUUAUGAAACUCUUCAAGUAUUAAGAAAUCCUCCUCAACAUAUUAUGGAAGAAGAAGCUUUAGUUCAUCAGAUUCGAAAAUUAAAUAUAACUGAAGAAGAUUUUGAAUACGAACAUCAACGUCAAGUAAUGUUAAAGCGGAAAACAACAGAACAAACAUCUUUUUCUACUGUUAAUCGGACAGAUUGAUAAAAAAAAAAAAAAAAAAAAUAGA